AUGUCUGAGCUUCGGAGACGGGCCCUUGGGUCCGGUAAGACAGUAUCCCGCAAGGCCCGCUUGAAGCCAGAGUCUGGUCUCUCCUCAACGAACCAUUCUCCAAAUGGAUCCCCGGCCAACUCGCGCGUGGGCUCGCGUGCUAAUUCCAGGCCUGGCAGCCGCUACGCGUCGGAAGAUGAAUUUGCUAGCGACUCGGAGAACGACGACAUCAUGACCAUGAGCGCCAACUCGGUCGACGGAGAUGAAGAUGUGGGAAGCACUACAACAUGGGUUGAGCGGCUCCAGGACCGGGUCACGGAGCUUCAGGACCGCAAGCGCAGCAGCGUACAGGGACGCGAAGCCACCCUCGGGGGAUACAACCAUCUCCUGAAGCAUCAUUUUGCCCAGGGCCAGCUCCAACGAUCCGUUGCCGAGAUUAUGCCGGUUCUCCUCCGGGAUGUUAAGAAUGGUAGUAGCGACGAAGAGCGCUUACGGGCGCUGAAGGCUUUCACUUUGACCGUCCUCACCUGCUCGUCGGAUACCGUUUUCGAGCAAGCACUGCCGAUCCUGAAAGCGGCAUGCCACGACUCAGAGGAAGAAGACAACAAAAUUGAGGCGAUACACGCUCUCAGCAUCGCUGUAACGUACGGAGGAGGGUCAACCGAGGCUGCAGAGGAGGUUCUCGACUUUCUCUUGGAGAUUAUCGAGAGCGACGGCCACUCUGUCACGGCGGCAGACAGCGCCCCGGUAGUGACAGCGGCCCUCCAGGCCUGGGCGUUUGUGGCGAGUCACUUGGACGACCUGACGGACCAGAGCGAGACGGCCAUCGAGGCGUUCAUGGAGCAGCUCGACAGUUCGGACCCCGAUGUUCAGACUGGCGCCGGAGUCAACAUUGCGCUCCUCUUCGAGGCUGCUCGUGAUUACGAAGAGGAGACGGGCCAGAGUUUCGACAUGCAAUACAACCAGCACCGGAUUAUGACCCGGAUGGCCGAAAUUGUUCGCGACUCAUCAAAAACCAUUUCCAAAAAGGGACGGAGGAACUUGCGGUCCAACUUCUCCAGCAUUGUCACCUCGCUUGAGCGUGGCAAGGGACCGGGCUACUCCACGGCCGGCCGGUCGGGGCCAAACCCGCACACGGGUGGGUCGAGGACCGAUGACCAGAGCGAUUUCAGAGAGUUCGGGUAUCGGGAGAAGAUCCGUAUCUACAACCAGUUCUUGCUCAUCGACACCUGGUCUCUGCACACCAGAGUCGAGUUGCUCAAGAUUCUGCUCGGAGGCGGGUUUGGGAUCCACUACUUGGAGAAUCCGGUCAUCCGCGAUAUUCUCAGCAGUGCCGAGGUUGAGUUUAUCUCGGAACGGAGGCCCAAGAAGUAA